AAAGCCGGGUUCCGUUUGAUGAAUGAGCAAGGCAUGGGACAAAGAAACCGACGAAGGCUGAGCUCUCCUAAACCGAUGUAGAUCCCAUCCAGCUCGGGGUGGUUACCAUUCGCGAAUCGAAACAGGGUUGCAGUCCGUCUUGCACAUGGUUGGUAACCACUCACAAUCCCAGCCCCCAAAUCCCAGAAUCCUCCUCGACCAACGACGCGCGGCUCCUUUGGCGGGGCGGAAAUCCUCCUGUCACUCAAAACGAAGGGCUGUUCCCCGCCAUCAACUCCCAGCCUUGACUUACAUCUUUCAUCAUUUGCACACACAAAGAACGGUCGGCAACAUGGACGAGAAAGCUUUAGGCAGCGCCUGGCCGCAGCCGCCGCCGACGCGAACCGAACCCGCUCGACGACAUGGCUCCAAGUGGUGCUUCCUACUCUCCCAGUGGCGCUUGCUACUCGUUGAAGCCUUGUUCGUGAGCCUUUUGCCUUUGGGUUAUUUCCUCGCCUCCGGCUUUGGGACCCGCGAACGUCAAAUCCCCCUAGCCAGACCCGACACCUCCUCCCCCAACCCAAUGGACCCCUGGAGUGAUAUCACCCCCAGCCGCGACCUUGUCUGGCACCCCUGCUACACCACCUUCAACCCCACCUUCCUCUGCGCCCGCCUCACCCUGCCCAUGGACUACGACCGCCCCCUGCCCACCUCCCCCCUCGACCCGCCCGUCCCCGAAGUCCACAUCGCCCUGCUCCUCCUCCCCGCCCAAACCACCAGUAACAGGUCAGCAAAACCCCCCAAAUCCCCCGUCGUCGUCAACCCCGGCGGGCCCGGCGGCUCCGGCGUCACCCUCACCCUGCUCGCCGCCUCGGGCCUGCAGCAAGUCCUCGGCUACGACCAACCCGUCCUGGGCUUCGACCCGCGCGGCGUCAUGUUUACUACGCCAAACUCCGAUUGCUGGUCGAAGCCUCCCUCGAAGGACUGCAAGCCGGGUAAGGGUAAGGGUAAGGGUAAGGGUGACUGUGGGGAUGGGAAGGACGGGGUGGUUGCCGGCCUGAUGCAUCGGCUGCAGUGGCAGCAGGUUGCGGGUGCGGUUGGGCUGGUGAGUGAGGGGGGCGGGGCGAUGCGCAGUUUGGAGGUGGCGCAGAGGGGGGUGAAUGGGUUGUGCGCGGAGAGGGAUCGGGGGUUGGACGGGGAGAGUGGGCUGAAGUGGGCGGGGACGGAGUACGUGGUGAGGGAUUUGGUGGAGGUGGUGGAUAAGUGGGAUGAGUGGGUUGAGAGGGAGGGGUUGCCGGAGAGAGAGCUGAAGGGGAAGCUGGUGUUUUGGGGGUUUUCGUAUGGCUCGUACCUUGGGGCCGCGUUUGCCAGGGCGUUUCCGGAGAGGGUGGGGAGGUUGGUGUUGGAUGGGGUGGUGGAUGCCGAGCUGUAUGAGGACGCCGUGUGGGCGGAGAGCUUGGUGGAUGCCGAUAAGGUGCUGGGGGAGUUCUAUCGGUAUUGUGCUGAGGCCGGGAAGAAGUGCCAGUUGUAUCGGAACGGCGACAAGACGGAGGAUGUGAAGCGGAGGUUUGAGACGGCCAUGGAGAGCCUCCGGACCGACCCCAUCACGUUCACGCACCCGCAGUACUUUUACCCCGCCAUCUUCCGCCAUGACCUGGUCAAGCAGCUGGUUUUCGUCGCCUUGUAUUCGCCGAUCCAGGGUUUCCCAAUGACGGCAUGGCUGGUCAAUUACGUCUACCAGCGCAACCACGAGCUCCUGGGCAGCAUGUUCCAGGACGAACAGCUGCUGUGUUCGAUAUCAGCGGAUCCCAUGCUCAUGCACAUGCUUACUGAUGCCCAGCGCACCAUCAUGUGCAGUGACAAGGCGCAGCCGGUCAACUUCACGCUUGCCGAGUGGGAUUCGGCCUACCAAUCCAUGGCCUCGACCUCCCAAUUCGCCGAUAUCUGGACGGGGCUCAUGAUGCAGUGCAGCGGCUGGGACCUCACCCCGCCACAGCAAGAUCCAAACAACCGCUGGGGAAGUGACAAGCAGAUCGAGACGGCCAACCCCCUCCUCUUCCUGUCCAACACCUACGACCCGGUCACCCCGCUCCGUGCCGCGGUCAAGAUGGCGCAGAAGUUCAAGGGUGCCGGGUUGCUGGAGCAAAAUGCGUCGGGGCACUGCACCCUCUCGGCUGUGUCGAGGUGCACGGCCAAGGUGGUCAGGGAGUACCUGGCGACGGGGGAGGUUCCGUCGCCGCCGAAGGGAGCUGACGAUCAGUGCCGUGGAGACUGGAAGCGGUGUGAUGCGGAUGAGCACCCCUGGGGUCCUAGCCCCGGGGACACGCUUGCAGCCUUGUCAACCGAGGACAGGGACAUGAUGGAAGGGUGGCAGCAGCUGCGAGAGGUUAUGGAUGGGGUGAAGAAAUUUGGGGUCGGAGAGGGAAAGGGCUUGGAUAGGGAAGCGAUCAUGGCUAUGGCGAACUUGAAGUGAGUUGAGGCAUCACUGCGACCGGAAUGUAAAUCAAUGCUCCGCUCUUGUAUUAGCCC